AUGGCCCUGUUCGUCCACCUCAAGACAGUCUUGGAGCUGCGGGGCAAGGGCGACCGCAUCGCCAAAGUGACUUUCCGAGGGCAAUCCUUCUACUCCCGGGUCCUGGAGAACUGUGAGGAUGUGGCUGACUUCAAUGAGGCCCACACUGGCCUCAAGUCCUGGGCCACCAGCAUGCUCACAGCCUCUCAUCUCUGGUUGCUUCCUGAGGAGGUGGUGGUGGGAGGGCUAAUCGGGACCUUCCGAAUGGUGCUGCAGAAGGUGGUGGAGGAGAGCCAUGUGGAGGUGACUGACACCCUGAUUGAUGACAAUAAUGCUAUCAUCAAGACCAGCCUGUGCGUGGAGGUCCGGUAUCGAGCCACAGAUGGCACUGUGGGCUCCUGGGAUGAUGGGGACUUCCUGGGGGAUGAGUCUCUUCAAGAGGAAGAGAAGGACAGCCAGGAAACAGACGGACUGCUGCCUGGUUCCCGUCCCAGUUCCCGGCCACCAGGAGAGAAGAGCUUCCGGAGCAAAGGCAGAGAGAAGACCAAGGGAGGCAGAGAUGGCGAGUACAAAGCCGGGAGGAGCGUGUUCUCCGCCAUGAAGCUCGGUAAGAGCCGGACCCACAAGGAGGAGCCCCAAAGACAAGACGAACCAGCAGUGCUGGAGAUGGAGGACCUGGACCAUCUGGCCAUUCGGCUAGGGGACAGGCUGGAUCCUGACUCUGUGUCUCUGGCCUCAGUCACAGCUCUCACUACCAAUGUCUCUAACAAGCGAUCUAAGCCAGACAUAAAGAUGGAGCCAAGUGCUGGGCGGCCCAUGGAUUACCAGGUCAGCAUCACGGUGAUUGAGGCUCGGCAGCUGGUGGGCUUGAACAUGGACCCCGUGGUGUGUGUGGAGGUGGGCGAUGACAAGAAGUACACAUCCAUGAAGGAGUCCACUAACUGCCCCUAUUACAAUGAGUACUUCGUGUUCGAUUUCCAUGUCUCUCCUGAUGUUAUGUUCGACAAAAUCAUCAAGAUCUCGGUGAUUCACUCCAAGAACCUGCUCCGCAGCGGCACCCUGGUGGGCUCCUUCAAAAUGGAUGUGGGGACCGUGUACUCCCAGCCAGAGCACCAGUUCCAUCACAAGUGGGCCAUCCUGUCAGACCCUGAUGACAUCUCUGCGGGGCUAAAGGGCUAUGUGAAGUGCGACGUCGCCGUCGUGGGCAAGGGGGACAACAUCAAGACGCCCCACAAGGCCAAUGAGACAGAUGAGGAUGACAUUGAAGGAAAUAUUCUGGGCCCUUCCGGGAUCCCACCAGCAAGCAGGUGGGCCCGGUUCUAUGUGAAAAUUUACCGAGCAGAGGGGCUGCCUCGUAUGAACACAAGCCUCAUGGCCAACGUGAAGAAGGCUUUCAUUGGUGAAAACAAGGACCUUGUGGACCCCUACGUGCAAGUCUUCUUUGCUGGCCAGAAGGGCAAGACUUCAGUGCAGAAGAGCAGCUACGAGCCACUGUGGAAUGAGCAGGUCGUCUUCACAGACCUCUUCCCUCCUCUCUGCAAACGCAUGAAGGUACAGAUCCGAGACUCAGACAAGGUCAAUGAUGUGGCCAUCGGCACCCACUUCAUAGACCUGCGCAAGAUUUCCAAUGAUGGAGACAAAGGCUUCCUGCCCACACUGGGCCCUGCCUGGGUGAACAUGUAUGGCUCCACACGCAACUACACGCUGCUGGACGAGCACCAGGACUUGAAUGAGGGCCUGGGCGAGGGUGUGUCUUUCCGUGCCCGUCUCCUGCUAGGCCUGGCAGUGGAGAUCCUGGACACCUCCAACCCUGAGCUCACCAGCUCCACAGAGGUACAAUUGGAGCAGGCCACACCCAUCUCAGAGAGCUGCACUGGGAAAAUGGACGAGUUCUUUCUCUUUGGAGCCUUCCUGGAGGCUUCAAUGAUCGACCGGAAAAAUGGAGACAAGCCAAUCACCUUUGAGGUCACCAUAGGCAACUAUGGGAACGAAGUGGAUGGACUGUCACGACCCCAAUGGUCACGGCCACGGAAGGAGCCCGGGGAUGAGGAGGAAGUAGACUUGAUUCAGAACUCCAGUGAUGAUGAGGGUAGUGACAAUGGGGACCUGGCCUCAGUCUCUUCCACACCACCCAUGCGGCCCCAGGUCACUGACAGGAACUACUUCCAUCUGCCCUACCUGGAGCGCAAGCCCUGCAUCUACAUCAAGAGCUGGUGGCCAGACCAGCGUCGUCGCCUCUACAACGCCAAUGUCAUGGACCACAUUGCUGACAAGCUGGAGGAAGGCCUGAAUGACGUGCAGGAGAUGAUCAAGACAGAGAAGUCCUACCCGGAGCGUCGCCUGCGGGGUGUCCUGGAGGAGCUCAGCUGUGGCUGCUACCGUUUCCUCUCCCUCGCGGACAAGGACCAGAGCCACUCCUCCCGUACCAGGCUUGACCGGGAGCGCCUCAAGUCCUGCAUGAGGGAGCUGGAGAACAUGGGACACCAGGCACGGACCCUGCGGGCCCAGGUGAAGCGGCACACGGUGCGGGACAAGCUGAGGCUGUGCCAGAACUUCCUGCAGAAGCUGCGCUUCCUGGCAGAUGAGCCUCAGCAUAGCAUCCCCGACGUCUUCAUCUGGAUGAUGAGCAACAACAAGCGCAUCGCCUACUCGCGGGUGCCCUCCAAGGACCUGCUCUUCUCCAUCGUGGAGGAGGAGAUGGGCAAGGACUGCGCCAAGGUCAAGACGCUCUUCCUGAAGCUGCCGGGAAAGCGAGGCUUUGGCUCAGCCGGCUGGACGGUGCAGGCUAAGCUGGAGCUAUAUCUGUGGCUGGGCCUCAGCAAGCAGCGCAAGGAAUUCCUGUGUGGCCUGCCUUGUGGCUUCGAGGAGGUCAAGGCGGCCCAGGGCCUGGGCCUGCACUCCUUCCCCCCAAUCAGCCUGGUCUACACCAAGAAGCAGGCCUUCCAGCUUCGAGCCCACAUGUACCAGGCCCGCAGCCUGUUUGCCGCUGACAGCAGUGGGCUGUCCGACCCCUUCGCCCGUGUCUUCUUCAUCAACCAGAGUCAGUGCACAGAGGUGCUAAAUGAAACCCUGUGUCCCACCUGGGACCAGAUGCUGGUGUUCGACAACCUGGAGCUGUAUGGUGAAGCUCACGAGUUGCGGGAUGACCCCCCCAUCAUUGUCAUAGAAAUCUAUGACCAGGAUACCAUGGGCAAAGCCGACUUCAUGGGCCGCACCUUUGCCAAGCCUGUGGUGAAGAUGGCAGACGAGGCGUACUGCCCUCCACGCUUCCCGCCCCAGCUCGAGUACUACCAGAUCUACCGCGGCAACGCCACGGCGGGAGACCUGCUGGCCGCCUUCGAGCUGCUACAGAUUGGGCCAGCAGGGAAGGCUGACCUACCACCCAUCGAUGGCCCAGUGGAUGUGGACCGAGGGCCCAUCAUGCCUGUGCCUGUGGGCAUCCGGCCCGUGCUCAGCAAGUACCGUGUGGAGGUACUAUUCUGGGGUCUGCGGGAUCUGAAGCGAGUGAACUUGGCUCAGGUGGACCGGCCACGGGUAGACAUCGAGUGUGCAGGAAAGGGGGUACAGUCGUCCCUGAUCCACAAUUACAAGAAAAACCCGAACUUCAACACCCUGGUCAAGUGGUUUGAAGUGGACCUCCCAGAGAAUGAGCUCCUGCACCCACCCUUGAACAUCCGUGUGGUGGACUGCCGGGCCUUCGGCCGCUACACCCUGGUGGGCUCCCAUGCCGUCAGCUCCCUGCGUCGUUUCAUCUAUCGGCCCCCAGACCGCUCAGCCCCCAGCUGGAACACCACAGGGGAGGUCGUGGUGAACAUGGAGCCCGAGGUGCCCAUCAAGAAACUGGAGACCAUGGUGAAGCUGGACGCGACUUCUGAUGCUGUUGUCAAGGUGGAUGUGGCUGAGGAGGAGAAGGAGAAAAAGAAGAAGAAGAAGAAGGGCACCACAGAAGAGCCAGAGGAGGAGGAGCCGGAUGAGGCCAUGCUGGACUGGUGGUCCAAGUAUUUUGCCUCCAUUGACACCAUGAAGGAGCAACUUCGACAACAAGAGGCCUCAGGAAUUGACCUGGAAGAGAAGGAAGAGGUGGAAAACAGUGAAGGCCUGAAGGGGCCGAUGAAGGGCAAGGAGAAGACAAAGGCGGCCAAGGAAGAAAAGAAGAAGAAGAACCAGAGCCCUGGUCCUGGUCAGGGGUCUGAGGUCCCAGAGAAAAAGAAACCCAAGAUUGAUGAGCUUAAGGUGUACCCCAAGGAGCUAGAGUCUGAGUUCGACAACUUUGAGGACUGGCUUCACACUUUCAACCUGCUGCGGGGCAAGACUGGGGAUGAUGAGGAUGGCUCUACCGAGGAGGAGCGCAUCGUGGGCCGGUUCAAGGGAUCCCUCUGCGUGUACAAAGUACCACUCCCAGAGGAUGUAUCCCGGGAAGCUGGCUACGACCCCACCUGUGGCAUGUUCCAGGGCAUCCCAAGCAAUGACCCCAUCAACGUGCUGGUCCGAGUCUAUGUGGUCCGGGCCACGGACCUGCACCCCGCAGACAUCAACGGCAAAGCCGACCCCUACAUCGCCAUCCGGCUAGGCAAGACUGACAUCCGCGACAAGGAGAACUACAUCUCCAAGCAGCUCAACCCUGUGUUUGGAAAGUCAUUUGACAUCGAAGCCUCCUUCCCCAUGGAAUCCAUGCUGACAGUGGCAGUGUAUGACUGGGACCUGGUAGGUACAGAUGACCUCAUUGGGGAAACCAAGAUUGACCUAGAGAACCGCUUCUACAGCAAGCACCGAGCCACUUGUGGCAUCACCCAGACCUACUCCAUACAUGGCUACAAUAUCUGGCGAGACCCCAUGAAGCCCAGCCAGAUCCUGACCCGCCUCUGCAAAGACGGCAAAGUGGACGGCCCUCACUUUGGGCCCCCUGGGAGAGUGAAGGUGGCCAACCGUGUCUUCACUGGGCCUUCUGAGAUCGAGGAUGAGAAUGGUCAGAGAAAGCCCACAGACGAGCACGUGGCAUUGUGCGCCCUGAGGCACUGGGAGGACAUCCCCCGUGUGGGCUGUCGACUGGUGCCAGAACAUGUGGAGACAAGGCCACUGCUCAACCCUGACAAGCCAGGCAUCGAGCAGGGCCGCCUGGAGCUGUGGGUGGACAUGUUCCCCAUGGACAUGCCAGCCCCUGGGACACCUCUGGACAUCUCUCCCCGGAAACCCAAGAAGUAUGAGCUGCGGGUCAUAGUGUGGAACACAGAUGAGGUGGUCCUGGAGGAUGAUGAUUUCUUCACUGGGGAGAAGUCCAGUGACAUUUUUGUGCGGGGGUGGCUGAAGGGCCAGCAGGAGGACAAGCAAGACACAGAUGUCCACUACCAUUCCCUUACUGGUGAGGGCAACUUCAACUGGCGCUACCUGUUCCCCUUUGACUACCUGGCAGCGGAGGAAAAGAUCGUCAUCUCCAAGAAGGAGUCCAUGUUCUCCUGGGAUGAGACUGAAUACAAGAUCCCCGCGCGGCUCACUCUGCAGAUCUGGGAUGCUGACCACUUCUCUGCUGAUGACUUCCUGGGGGCCAUCGAGCUGGACCUGAACCGGUUCCCACGGGGUGCAAAGACAGCCAAGCAGUGCACCAUGGAGAUGGCCACCGGGGAGGUGGACGUGCCUCUGGUUUCCAUCUUCAAGCAGAAGCGUGUCAAAGGCUGGUGGCCCCUCCUGGCUCGCAAUGAGAAUGACGAGUUUGAGCUCACGGGCAAGGUGGAGGCUGAGUUGCAUUUACUGACAGCAGAGGAGGCAGAGAAGAAUCCAGUGGGCCUGGCCCGCAAUGAACCUGACCCCCUGGAGAAACCCAACCGGCCCGACACAGCCUUCGUCUGGUUCCUCAACCCCCUGAAGUCCAUCAAGUACCUGAUCUGCACCCGGUACAAGUGGCUCAUCAUCAAGAUCGUGCUGGCGCUGCUGGGGCUGCUCAUGCUGGCCCUCUUCCUCUACAGCAUGCCCGGCUACAUGGUCAAGAAGCUCCUGGGUGCGUGAGGGCCACCACCUCCUGCCGGCUUCACUCCCCA